AUGUCUUCUUUACAAGGUUUAAUUUUCGGUAUUAUCAAUAUUGUUGGAAAUUUCGGAACUGUAUUUGUUGAUAAUGCUUAUUGGCAAAGAGCAAUUGCUUCAAAACCAAGUUCAACCGUUCAUGCUUAUUUGAUUGGUGGUUUGGCUUGGUUUGCAAUUCCAUUUACCUUAGCCACCACAAUGGGUCUUUCUGGUGUCGCCGUUUUUAAUAGCGGUAAUUCAACCUUGUCUGAUAGUGUCGUUUCUUCUGGAUUGGUCCUUCCUUUGGCUGCUACUCAUCUCCUGGGUACAGCUGGUGGUUUUGCUGCUUUAGUACUUGUAUUCAUGGCUGUCACUUCUGCCUCUUCGGCUGAACUUAUUGCUGUAUCAUCUAUUUAUACUUAUGAUAUAUAUCGUACCUACAUUCACUCUGAUGCACCAGGAAGUAGAGUAAUUAAUCAUUCUCACUAUUCCGUUAUUGGAUUUGGUAUAAUAAUGGGUGGACUUGCUGUUAUUCUGAAUUUUAUUGGUAUAGACUUAGGAUAUAUGUACUUGCUCAUGGGUAUAAUAUCAUCACCUGCU